UUCCAUUUUGGAGAACCUCGUUGCCAUGGAGGUGCGGUACAUGCGCAGCGGUGCAGCUGCACUGGCCAACCCAGGUUCGGGGCCAGGAGUACAGGUGGUGCGUCUUAACCCCUCAAAGACUUCCGUCACUAUUUCGGAGUUGUCGCAGUCCACGGCCUACAUGGCGCAGAUCAUUCUCUUCUUCAGCAACAACACUCUGGCGGAAACGGCGUCCAUACACUUCGUCACUAUGGCCACAGUUAAGUCGGAGAACUUGCUCGUGCCUUUGGUGGUAUCUGCAGUGGUUGUCGUCUGUGCUGUCGCCAUCGUGAUGAUCACGUGUUGCCUCUGGAGACGGAACAGACAACGAGAGGCGCGGGAAACGGCAUUUGAGAACAAAACGUUUGGCCUUCACAUUGAGACAGAUGGACGAACGCUAAGUGCAAGACCUUAAUCGUUGUGUCGUGUUUCUUCAUCCUAUGUGAUGUCCUCAGGAACAUGGACCAUGUACAGUUCCACGGAUCACUAUUGCAGUGGAAUUAAGAGUCUUUUUGGAGAGUAAACCUAAUCAAACUACCGUCCACAAACUGUAUCUAAAUCCGGAAUUGUUCCAGGUUGAGAGGGUGUUCAUUGACAAGUGUAGCUAUGACAAUGUGGUAAGAGUUGGCAGUGUCCUGUGAUCUACUGGCAACAGUUGUGUUCCUUCAAAUGAAGACUGACGUGACAGCGAUAAGACAAAGUGUUUCUACUAUUGCUCGUGAGUUUUGUGUGAUUACUAUACCUCAAGUGCCAUCGAAUACCCAGCCCUACUGACUCCCACACAAGCCACUCGAGAGAUAGUAUUGAACGGGGCUACUGUUUUACCGAAGUGGGAGGGAUCAUUAUAGAGCUUCGAAUGUAGACCUGUGACGAGAUACGGUGUUACCACAGAACCAUGUUAUGACUUUCAGAUUCUACUGGAAAACGACAUCUGACUUUAUAUCAGAGUUUGAGACUCUAACGACUGUGAUUUAUCACCCCAAUAUAACGCCAGGCUAUGCUUACUCCCCAAGUAUUCAUCAUAUUGAAUUAGUUAUAAAACAUUUAUUUUUAAAAAUAUGUCUUGUUUU